AUGUCAAAAGAUAAUAAAGAUGCUAGAUAUGGUAUAUCACUAGGUUUUGGAAAGUUUACAGGCUACCCAGUAUGGCCAUGUAGAACUGCCUUUGAAACAGAGGUAGGACCAAAUAUUAAAAGUAAAAAGAAAGAAAACUCAAUACUAGUUUAUUUUUUUGGUAGUAAAGAUUAUGCAUACAUUUCGAAAUCAUCUUUUCUACCAUAUGAUGAAGCAAAUAUAGAAAAAUAUUCAAUUUCAAAAAAUAAACAACAUCAACAAGGUAUGGAGGAAAUAAAAAAUUGGAAUAAAAACCCAACCCCACCACCAGUUUAUAAACCAAAAGAUAACAAAUCGAAUGGCAGUGAUAGUAAAAGUAACAGUAACAAUAUUAAAAAAGAGAGUAGUAAUGACUCUGAUUCAGAUUCAGGCUCUGAAUCACACUCAACAGAUUGCUCAACUUGUAGCCAUAGCACAGAUUGCUCAACAUGUACAGGUAGUGAUAUGAGCGACGACGAAAUACCCAAAUCAGCAUCAUCAAAAAAGAACCCAUCCUCAUCUAUCUCCUCACCAAAUAAACCAAUAAACGAUUUAAAAAUUCCAAUAAAGAAAGAUAUAGAUAAAAAAGAGGACGAAAAAAACAAAGAUAAAUCAUCAAAAAGUGGAAGCAAAGAUAAAUCAUCAUCCUCUUCAAAUGGUAAAGAUAAAGAAAAAGAUAGUUCAUCAUCAAAGAGUAGUAAAGAUAAACAUAAAGAAAAAGAAAGAGAAAGAGAAAGAGAAAAAGAAAAAGAAAAAGAAAAAGAAAAAGAAAAAGAAAAAGGAAAAGAAAAAGAAAAAGAAAAAGAAAAGGAUUCAUCAAAAUCAAAAUCAUCAGCGGCAUCCAAAAAAUCAAGUAAAUCUGAAGAAGAUUCUAAAAAACAUCAUAAAUCAAUCUCGAAAUCAACAUCAGCAUCAUCAACACCUCUGUCAUCAGCAUCAAAGAAAAAAAGAGAUUUUAGAGAAAAAAUAAUGAGAAAAAUUCAUAUUUUAUCACCAAUUGUAUUACCCGAUAAAUAAAUAAAAUUUAUAUAAAUUUUUUUAAAAAAAAAAAAAAAAAUUCAAAGAGAUAUUUUAAAAUAAAAAACUGGUCCAGUUUUAUCAAUUAAAACCAAUUAUUUCCGAAUAAC